AUGCCGACGUGCGUGUUCCCAUCUCGGCACCGCACCGAUGAAAGCGCUGGUGCUGCUCGUCGCCUCGUGAGCAAGGAGCUCCCACCCGUCCUUUCCUCGCCUCAAUGCGACCACCCAGCCGACCGCGGUUCGGGCAGGCAGCAGCAUCGAGGAACGACCAUCGCGGCUCGGCUCGCUCCCGGCAGCAUUCCUCGGUCAGCGCUGGCGAUAGGCGUCCCGCUCGCCCACAUUGGCUCACACAAGGCCGACGCAGUAUCCCUCUCCAUUUCAUUUUCUCUCGAAUGCGCCGCUACUAGCGAAGGCUCUUGCUCCAGGGAUGGCCAUGGCGCCAAGCCCAUCGCCCCGAGCGAUCCCACAAUCUCCUACAGCUGCUUCUUCACCCCGAACCACGUAGCUGGCCCACCAUGCUCUUCUAAACGGUCAUCCCGUCUAGACUCGCGCUCCUCUUCCUCGUCACAGAACGAAGAAAGGACAGACUCCCUAACCUCGUCGUUACAGCCUCUCCCCCUCCCCACCAAUCCCACAUUGUCUUCGAAUCUUCCCUUUGGGUCGAUUUCUACGUUGUCUUCUUGGACCAACUCCCAAAACGUCAAUCUGACAGCUCCUAACAAGCUGUCUUCUACAUCGCCAUCAUGGUUGUCCCCACUCCCCAGUGCAAGCCCCGCCUCGGCCAAAUCCAACAAUCCGCAAGUACUCAGCAAGCCUCCCCAAAGUCGUUCCCCGACUGCGCAACCACCCUUUUUGAAAGGUGUCCACCGCCCGACCAACGAUAACGCAUCUGCGCCAUCGCCUUCCUUUUUGAAUAGCUCUAGUCACCACCGACGUUCCAGCACGCCAGUAGCUGCUGCCACCGCCGCUCCCAUAUCUCUUCGCGCUCAUCUCGAGGCCGCCAUCUCCAACCCGUCGUCUCCGUACGCACAAGCCAACCUCCUCCGACAACUCCAGUCAACCUUGGCUGCCGUCCGUCCCUCCCCUCCCCACGUCCACGCCGCCGCCGCCGCUGCCGCCGUCGCCCCCGCUAACAGCCCGGCCCCUGCUACGCCCGCCCAGCCCACGUUUGCCCGAGUGCCCAGCAUCACCCCCGCCGCUGUUGCUUCCGCGCUCGCCGCUGCUGCCGCUGGUCGUCGUCACACUCUGUCCUCCUCUGCCUCGCCCGCUGCCGCCACGAUCAACUCGUUGACGCCAGCCCAGAAGCAACGACUGGAACAGAUCAGGCACUACCAACAGCUCAUCGCUCAGCUUAACGCCACGAUGCCCGCUGCUGCUACCACUGCUGCUGACACGUCGGUCGCGGCGCUGCUGCCCUUCGAGGCGCGCGCUGCAGACCACACGAAGGUCGAGUCCGGUUUCAACGCCGCCUCGCUCGGCCUCAACCCCAUGUCUGCCGACGACCCUUCGUGGAUCGGACACGGAUUCCAGGCUCACGCCGCCGAGGACUUCCUCUCUUCACCAGACUGGACUGACCCCUCGCCGGCGCUGACUGACUCGAUGUCGUUUGAGAUCGACUCGUGCGGACCCAGUCCGCUGCUGCCCCUCGACAGCUACGACGACGAUCUCGGAGUGCCCGGCAUCGCCGGCGCUCCCCUCUUCCCUCCCCAGGACGGCUACGCCUCGUCCAACGUCAGCCCGCUCGAGCUCGCGAGCCACGACUUUGGCGUCCACACGGCUGGCGACUUUGGCGCGCCCGAGAUGAGCAGCGACUUUAGCCUCUUCCCCGACGCCAAGCCCAUCAAGCUUCCCGUCGAGAUGGCCUUCAGCAAGCUCGGCAAGCCCGCUGCCGGCAGCGCCUCGUCGACCGAGGACCCGGCGCUCACUCUGCUCCGCGCGCUGAGCAGCGCGGCGCUCUCGAGCUCGGCGACCACGGCAGCUGCCAGCGUCGCCACCUCGACGCCUUCGGCACCGGCGCUCACCGCCUCGCCGCUGGCAUUCACUUCGAUGGCCGCCCCCCUCGCUCCGGCCCCGGCUCCUGUCUCGGCUGCUCCUGCGCUGGCCCCUGCGCCCGCUCCUUCAGCCCAGUCUGGCCCGGCUCCGGCUGCCCCGCGCUCGGAAUCGAGCUCGCCUGACGCUAUGGACCGCCGCACCUCGACGUCUUCCAACAAGACCGAGGCUCGUGGCACCAAGCGUCGACUCGACACGACCGACCUUCUUCCGCUGGAUGCACCCAUCCAGAAGCGCAACUACUACACGGUCUCGGCCACUUCGCGACGCGACACUGCCGAGGCCGACGAGUUUGCCGAGGAGGAGGCGGCGAUCCGACGCGAAAAGGACCCGCGCGUCGCCAAGCGUCUGUCGAACACGCUUGCCGCACGACGAUCGCGCCACCGCAAGGCGGAGGAGCUGCGUCUGCUGCACGAGAAGAUCGAGGCCCUGUCGGGCGAGGUCGAGUCGUGGAAGCGACGCUGCGAGCUCGCCGAGCGCGAGCGCGACGAGGCCCGUGGACUGCUCGCCUAA